GACCGGAGGCGGGCCCGGGCCAGCCCCGGCGCGCGGCCUGCAGGCUGCGGCAGGAUGCGGGCCACGCGGAAGCGGCUCUGCUCCGCGCUGCUGGCCGCCUACCUGCUCUUCUCCCUCUACGCCGCCUACAGCGUCUUCCUGCGGCCGCGGCGGUCGUCCGCCUCCCGGGGCGGCCCCCGGCAGCCGCGGCUCGGCAGAGAACGCUCAUCUUUGGGAAAUGAAGAAUGGAAUCCUUGGGAAGGAGAUGAAAAAAAUGAGCAGAUUGCUUCACAGCAGAGAUAUGAAACUAAUCUUCAAAUGUUAAAAAAUAUGAAAUCCCAACAAGAACAAACAGACCUUAAAGUGCAGAUCUGGGGUAAAGCAGCCAUUGGUCUUUACCUCUGGCAACAUAUUCUUGAAGGUCUGCUUGAACCUGCUGAUGUGACUGCUCAGUGGAGAGAAGGAAGCAUAAAGGGAGGAAAAACACAUUUCAGCAUGUAUCAACACCACCAGCAAGAAGACCAGGAGGAAUUUCACACAGAUAAAGUAUCCAAUCAGUAUCAGGUUCUCAGCAUGGAAACCACAGAAAACAUCUCUGAAGAUCCAGUUGGUGGAAUGGAAUAG